UCAGUCGGGGACUACAGCGACAGCAGCAGCAGAAGCAGCAGCAGCGUCGUAGUAAAAUGCGGAGCUGAGGAAAAGAGGAGGUGAUAGAAAGAGAGAGAGAGAGGGAGACAGAGAGAGAGAGAGAGAGAGACCACCCAGAAUAUUUGUUUCCACAGAGAACAGAGGAGACCGGUCGUCCUCUUCUCUCGGACAUGUGGUGCACUCAGCAGCCGCAGCAGUAGUAGCAGCACGGGCAGUAGCAGCGGCGGCUGUGGUGGUGGUGGUGGUGGCGGUGACGGCGCCCUCGGUGCAGCUCCCACGUCUUUAUUGGGGCUUCUUUUGUCUUUAAUUCCUCUUUUUGUGGCCUUCGGUAAUGAGCUUGCUGGGGGCCUACAAGAAAAAGACCAGUUACGAUGGCUAUGAAUCUUUGCAGUUGGUCGAUAGCGGCGGGGAUAGCUUCAGUAUCGGCAGAGGUAGCAGCGGCGGCGGCGGCAGCAGCGCACUCGGAGGCUCCAUUGCGGCCACCCUUGGACCGAAGGCAGCCCCGCUGCGAGAGGAGGACUGCAGCACCAUGGACAGCUCAGAUAUGGAUGCCAAUUAUGGUGGAGGACUGUUGGAUAUGGUGAAGGGAGGAGCCGGGAAGUUCUUCAGCAACUUCAAGGACAACCUGAAGGACACGCUGAAGGACACCUCCACCAAGGUCAUGCAUCAGGUUGCCACGUACACUAAAGGGGAGCUGGACAUUGCCUACAUCACAUCACGGAUCAUAGUAAUGACCUAUCCAGCGGAGUCAGUACAGAUUGGCUACCAGAACCACGUGGAGGACAUCCGCUCCUUCCUCGACAGUCGCCAUGCCGACCACUACACUGUUUUCAACCUAUCACAGCGCAACUACCGCGGCGCCAAAUUCUCCAACAGGGUUUCAGAGUGUAGCUGGCCUUCUCGCCAGGCUCCCAGCCUUCACAACCUGUUUGCUGUGUGUAAGAACAUGCACAACUGGCUCAAACAGAACCCCAAGAAUGUGUGUGUCAUCACCUGCUCGGAUGGUCGUGCUCCUUCGGGUGUUUUGGUCUGUGCCAUGUUCUGCUUCUGCCACCUCUUCAACAACCCAAUUCCUGCCAUGCAGCUGCUCAGCGCCAAGAGACCAGGUUCCGGCCUCUGGCCUUCGCACCGCAGGUACAUAGGUUAUGUGUGUAGCAUGGUGUCAGAGAAGCCCAGUCUACCCCACUCCAAGCCCUUGAUGAUCAAGGCCCUCACCAUGAGUCCGGUCCCCUGCUUCAACAAGCAGCGUAGCGGCUGUCGGCCCUUCUGCGACGUCCUCCUCGGAGAGACAAAGAUCUUCACCACCGCACAGGAGUAUGAGAGGAUGAGAGAGCACAGGGUCCAAGAGGGAAAGGUGGUGUUCCCUCUGGGUGUAAGUGUGCAAGGAGAUGUCGUGGUUUCUGUCUAUCACAUGAGGUCGACCAUCGGAGGACGUCUGCAGGCCAAGGUGUCCAACACGCAGAUCUUCCAGAUCCAGUUCCACACUGGCUUCAUUGCUCCUGGAACCACCAUGUUGAAGUUUAACAAACCAGAGCUUGAUGCGUGUGACUCUCCUGAGAAGUAUCCCCAGCUGUUCCACGUGAUACUGGAUGUGGAGGUGGAGGGGGUGGACAAGCAAAAAGACCUGACGCCGCCGUGGGAGCAGUUCCCCUGUAAAGACCUCAACCCCAGCGUGCUUUUCUCCUGCCACCAGGAACAUCAAGACGCACUGGCGAUUGCUGAUGAGAUGGAGGGCUUGGAUCUGGAGGAGCCAAGCCGACCCCACGGAGGUCCAGACGGUCGGGGCCACGGCGAGGAGAGUGAGCCCUCUGACGAUGAGAUGCUCUCUCUCUCCAGCCAGAGAAGCAACGCUAGCACGGCCCCCCAGAAACCCGACCCCCCUGCUCCGGCGCCUGCGGCACCUGCACCCGCUGAAGAGGUGGAUCUUCUUGGCCUGGAUGGGGAGGCGAUCAACCGCCCGUGCCCCUCAUCUCAGCCCCCGUCUACUGCAGCCGCAUCCACUGACCUUCUAGGGGACUUGUUUGGGGCCCCAUCUCAGCCAGCCAGUGGGCCUUCAUCUGCCCAGUCCACACCACAUAAAGUAGUCCCCAAUACUGCGUCGCCAUGUCCCUCUCCUGCACCACCAGCGUUUGACCCCUUUGGGACAGGUCCGAUGCCUAAGCCUCAGGACAUGAUGGGCUCAUUCCUUGGACCAGGUAAUGUGGGGCAACCAGACCCCUUCCUGCAUGCUGCUCGCUCUCCAUCACCCACCCUGCAGCCUAAAAGCCUGGGCCGGAGUUCCCCCGUUCCACCCUCCACCCCGACCGUCAACAUUCAGCAGCAAAAUGCCAUGGGAGGGUGGGACUGGAACAGACCCGCUACCACAAGCACAGGAGGAAGCUUCAGUAUGGGAACUCGGUCAGCCACUACCAGCCCCACAGGCUCCGUCCACAGCACCCCCACCCACCAAACCAAGCCAAACACCCUGGACCCGUUUGCUGACAUAGGCAACCUGGGGGGAAACCUUGGAGGAGGUUCUGGCUUCUCCAGCAAACCCACCACCCCUACGGGAACAACCCCUUCCUUUCCUCCCAUGGGCUCCCCAUCACGACCCCCUCCGUCUCCCCAGCAUGCAGGAGGGUGGCAGUCUCACGCAGGAGCCGGCUUCCCCUCUUGGCAGCCAGGUGCUGGAGGCAGUGGAGGAUGGCAACCCCAAGGACAGGGCCCGGCCCCGCAGCCAAAGCCCAGCCCCAGCCACACCCCCAUGCCUCACACGUCGCCCCAGAACAGACCCAACUACAAUGUCAGCUUCUCUGCCAUGGGAGGAGGCUCGCCUAGUGCAGGGGGUAAAGCACAGGCUGCCAUGGGUUCUAAGCCCAGGGCCUCGGAUGCCAACUUUGAUGACCUGCUGUCGGGUCAGGGCUUUGCCGGGGCCAAAGAGAAGAAAGGGCCCAGGACUAUAGCGGAGAUGAGGAAGGAGGAGAUGGCCAAAGAGAUGGACCCUGAGAAACUAAAGAUACUGGAUUGGAUCGAGGGGAAGGAGCGUAACAUCCGUGCCCUGCUGUCCACCAUGCAUACCGUGCUGUGGGAGGGAGAGACGCGCUGGAAGCCUGUGGGCAUGGCUGACCUGGUUACUCCAGAACAGGUCAAGAAGGUCUACCGCAAAGCAGUCCUGGUCGUCCACCCAGAUAAGGCGACCGGACAACCAUAUGAACAAUAUGCCAAGAUGAUUUUCAUGGAACUAAAUGACGCCUGGUCAGAAUUUGAAAGCCAAGGACAAAAACCGCUCUACUGAAGAGAAAGAGUGACAGACUACCCCCUGCUGAUUCUGUCAUCUAAUCCUAAAAACGUGUCGCCAUCUCUGGUCAACAUACUACAGCCACACCCUUCAACAUCCGCCUUUAUACCUGUGCUUCGACCCGUACUUCCACACAAACACAGAACAGCCAGUUGAUCUGCAAAGACGACACAAGACUACAGAACUACAGCGCUCACACUAACAGUGUAACUGAACAAAUGACCCCCUGUAGCUCUAAUGUACCUACCUACUGUAUGUAUGUGGUGCAGCAUUGUCCUUCCUUGUUGAGUGUCCUUAGCCCUGAACCAAACCACCAAUCAAAGCAGAGUCACCGGGACGACUAGAAAAACAGAGAAACGUCUGAUUCUGGGGAGGCAGGUCAAAAGAGAUGAAGGAGACAGGAGAUAAGAGAAAAACACAUCAGGGAGUGAACUGAACAAGCAGGCCGCUCUAACUAGGGAUUCAGAGUGUGAGAUAGUCAUUUACCCACAAGACAUUUUGCAGGUGAAAUAGAAUUUGCUUUGUAGUUUGUGUGAAAAUCGGUUCGGUCAUAUCAAAUCCAGUUUUUCAUGCGAUUGAAUGUUCCUAGAAAUAAGAAAAAGAGCAGCAGCGUCAGGUUACUGCAUGUUUUUCACUGACUGAAGUGAAAUUGAACUGAAGCCAAAUGUGUUUAUCAUCCAAAAUAGGGUGUUAGGAGGUUCGAAUUAAUAAUGAGUUGUCUAAUUUAGAAAGAAUUAUGUCGCUGGUUUUGACAGUAACUAUGAUAACAGGUCGCCUCCCAUCCCCAUUAGCCAUAAAUUGCAAAGAUAACUCAAGAUGAAAAACUAAGUAGAAUUAAACAUGGGUUUUUACAGAAAGCUGCUAAAAUUGAACUUAAUAUUUAUAUGACAAAGCAUAACAAUGUUGUACUGUAGGAGAGCCGCUUAUCAUUGGUGUUUCUGAUGUAAUCAAGCCUUGCGUGUUUCUGUAUAUACAGGGAGCUGGGGAUUGUAUAUUCUAGGAUGAGCACAUGUACAGUUCCAGACAUGAAGCACCUUGAGGUCUCAUGCAUACUCACUCGUACACUAACGUAUUUUUACAAGGGAGCUCCGUGAAAGCACAAACUGACUACACUUCACUGGGUGCAGCUUUGAAGGAAAGCAGCUGAAAGCCAUUGUUCGUUAUUUAUCAGCUUUUAUUUUUGUUCAUUUUCAUUUUGUCGUUGUUGUUUUCAUGAACUGCGCUUGUCAUCAGGUAAUGUGAACUACUGCAAACUGUCUGACAAGUUAGAAAAGCAGGGGAGUAAUUUGUCAGAUUAUAUCACAAUUUUUGUGUGUAUAGCCUUUUAUAGUCUGCAAUACCUUUUCCGAACUACAGAGGAGGCGACAAUGUGCGUAAAAACUACAUCUUUGGCCCCCAUGCAAACUCCUUAUAACGCAAUAAAAGAUAUGGGUUGAUUUUACAGACAGGGAUGAUUCUAUCAUAAGACAAUAAGUAAACUGUGUUAGAUUGAUGUGUGAAUUCAUUUAGUUUACUGUAUCUCACUGCUUCAUUUCACUCGAAUCCUACACAUAUCUGUUGUCAUCAGCACAGUUUUUAUCAAAACACUACUUUUUCCUUUGAUUAACUGAUUCCUUUCGUUUUACAUUUGUGAGACAUUUCUGUCACAGCACUGAUACUUGGUAAUAAUACAGAUAUCAUUUCAUAUCAGCAGUAAAGUAAGGUACGACACCUGUUUUUUCAGGGCCUGUAUGUGCUGCAGGUGCUGUUUGUAAUAGUUUAAACCCAGAACAGAUGUGAAUUUGACAGAUGUGAUUGUUCGUCUUUAUGAUGGUUUCCCUCCGGCCUUUUAGGGAAACGUACACAUGACACUGUUUCCUUGUGUAAAGACUAGGCCAGUGACGAAUGUGCGAAAAAACAAAAAAUGUGUAUUUACUCUUUAGCAAACGGAAACUGAAGCAAUUUUUAAUUUCUUCUAAGGGUUUGAGGUUUUCACAGGAAACUAAGAUGAUCCUAUAACAUCUUGAUCUUUCCACUUUGUGUUACUGAUAGAGCUCUACUGUGAAAUCCACUAAAGCUGUUUUAUUCUGAUGUUUGACCCUUGAUAUCAGUUCAAAAAUGUGUUUAAAAUCCAUUUUCACACAUGCAAAUUGAGCAGUAUUGUUUCAGAGCUGUAGAUGAAGGAUGAGAUGCUUUUCUGAUAGCCAUCAUAAUGUCUUGUGUCUUUACUGGAGUUCAUUCUUUCCCGGUUUGUUCAUCUGUUUUGAGGAUGCUGACUGAAUAAGACGAUUGCUGUUUCUUCAACUGGUUUGAGACCCAGAAUGGAUCAAACAACAGGAGAAAAGUUAUGUCAUGACCGAAAUGGCUCCUCCUGAAGGGACACUGGGUUUCUGGCUGAAAAUACUGAACUCUGACCUUGAGGCUACUGCUUUCUUUGGUGACUUACAAGACACAGGAAGUGUGUGUAGUAUGUGCUUCUGUGCUCUAUUUACACUGAGGACCUACAUGUGAAAUAACCCUCAUACGCUCCCUCGCUGACUGAAUUCUCUAUCUGCAAUCUUACGGCUAUGUUAAAAGGCUAACCUCUAUAUUGUAGUCAAUGGAUGUGUGUUGUUUGAAGUUGUGGUAUGUAUGAAAGUGAUCAGAUUUGGAUACAGACUACUGUACGUUAUGUGUUUGCCUGUCUGCUGUUCAAGUAUUACUAAAUUGUGUAAAGAUUCUGUUCAUGUGUUCCUUUUCAGUUCUGUUUACCGUUACAGGAUGUACAUAAUGAUCAAGUGCAGUGCACAAAAAUAAAUAGUAAACAGAAAACAGA